AUGGGUGUUCCCUCAUUUUUCAGAUGGUUAUCUAGAAAGUAUCCCAAGAUUAUUUCACCAGUUAGUGAAAUACUCCCACAAGUGGUUGAUGGGGUGACUUUACCAAUUGAUUAUUCUGCACCAAAUCCUAACGGUGAAUUAGAUAAUUUAUAUUUGGAUAUGAAUGGUAUUGUUCAUCCAUGUUCUCAUCCGGAAAAUAAGCCUGCUCCAGAAACUGAGGAUGAAAUGUUAUUGGCCGUAUUUGAAUAUACUAAUAGAGUCCUAAACAUGGCUAGACCUCGUAAAGUCUUAAUGAUUGCUGUUGAUGGUGUGGCUCCUCGUGCAAAGAUGAAUCAACAAAGAGCUCGUAGAUUUAGAAGUGCUAGAGACGCUUCAAUCGAAAAUCAGGCACGUGAAGCUAUUUUGAACGAGAGGGAAAAGAUUGGUGAGAUUAUUGACGAAUCACUUAAAAGUAAGAAGACUUGGGAUUCAAAUGCUAUUACUCCAGGUACACCUUUUAUGGAUAAAUUAGCCGCAGCUUUACGUUAUUGGAUUUCCUUUAAAUUAGCUACAGAUCUAGGUUGGAAAAAUUUGCAAGUUAUAAUUAGUGAUGCAACUGUUCCAGGUGAAGGGGAACAUAAAAUUAUGAAUUUUGUUAGAGCACAAAGAGGAGAUCCUGAAUACAAUCCAAAUACUACUCAUUGUAUUUAUGGGUUAGAUGCAGAUUUAAUUUUCUUAGGUUUAGCUACACAUGAGCCACAUUUCAAAAUUUUAAGAGAAGAUGUAUUUGCACAAGAUAAUCGUAAAAAGCACAAACUUAAAGAUACUAUGAACAUGACUGAAGAAGAAAAGCAGUUAAUUUCCAAGCAGGAUUCUGAAAAACCUUUCUUAUGGUUACAUUUGAGCGUUUUGAGAGAAUAUUUGUCAGCAGAAUUAUUUGUUCCAAGAUUACCGUUUCCAUUUGACCUAGAACGUGCCAUAGAUGAUUGGGUUUUUAUGUGUUUCUUCUGUGGUAAUGAUUUUUUACCGCACUUGCCAAGUUUAGAUGUUAGGGAAAAUAGUAUUGAUAUUCUUCUUGAUAUUUGGAAAACACUAUUGCCACAAUUAAAAACAUAUAUGACUUGCGAUGGUAGGUUAGAUUUAAAGGCUGUCGAGUUAUUGUUACAGCAGGUUGGCUCCCGUGAAAGUGAUAUAUUUAGGACAAAACAUAUCCAGCAAGUUAGGAAAAAAGAAAGUCUUCAGAGAAAAAAUAUUCGAAAAUCUGAACGUAGAACAGCAAAAGACCAAGAUAAGCAACCAUUAAUACCAACUGAGCAAUUACAAUUAUAUGAUACACAUGGUAAUUUAGCAAAAGGUUCCUGGAAUUUAACUACCCAUGACAUGGUUUCCUUAAAAAAGGAAUUAAUGUUGGCAAAUGAAGGUAAUCCAGAAGCUAUUAAAAUUAUUCAAGCUAAAAGUGAUGAAAAUGAUAAAUUAAUGGAGGAAUUAACUAAAGAACAAUUAGAUAAAGCUAUAGAUACUGCGAAUAAAAAUAACAUGGACGUUGCAACAAUAAUGAAAAAAAAAUUAAUGGCUAAGAAACGUGAAUUAGAAAUAACAGCAAAUGAAAAUGAAUUAGAAGAAAUAGAAAAGAAAAAAUUGAAAACCGCAAAUGAAGAAGAUAAUGCAAAAUCUGAAUUAAAUGAAAAAAUUAUAGGCGAAGUUGUAACAGAAGUUGAAGAUAAUAAUGAAUCUGGUUUAUCCCGGAUGUCAAGUUCGACUACUGAGACAAAUACUCACGAAACUACACCGGAUACAAACGUUAAUAAUAACUCCUACGUUCCAGUAGUUUCCAACGGUCCAAUCAAAAGUGGGGUUAUUGAUACAGAUAAGCCAACUAAAUUAUAUGAGCCUGGAUAUAAGGAAAGAUACUAUGUUAAUAAGUUCCAUAUUAAAAGUGAUGAAAUCGAAGCCUUGAGGAAAGACAUGGUUAAAUCUUACAUUGAAGGUGUUGCCUGGGUGUUGUUGUACUAUUACCAAGGAUGUGCUUCUUGGGAAUGGUUUUACCCCUACCACUAUGCACCAUUACCAUCAGAUUUCUAUGGGUUUUCCAAUAUGAAUGUUGAGUUUGGUGAGAGUGAACCAUUUUUACCCUUUGAACAACUAAUGAGUGUUUUACCUGCCGCUUCUGGCCAUACCCUGCCUGCAAUCUUCAGACCUCUGAUGAGUAGCCCAGACUCUGAAAUUAUUGAUUUUUAUCCAGAGGAAUUUCCAAUUGAUAUGAAUGGUAAAAAAAUGGCUUGGCAUGGUAUUGCUUUACUGCCGUUUAUCGAUGCAACGAGACUGUUAAAGGUAGUCCGUGACCAAUACCCUAAAUUGACAGAUGCAGAAAGAUCAAGAAAUGUCAGAAACAAACCUAUUUUACUAAUAAGCAAUAAGAACGUACAUUUCACGAAAUUUUCAGAGAAGCUAUACGACUCAUCCGGUGAUAGUCCUAAAGAAAUCAAUUUCCGUCAUUUCAAAAGUGGCUUAAGUGGAAUUGUCUCAAAGGAUAAAGAAGGUUUUAAAUUAAAUAGUAAAAUUGUAUGCCCUAUUGAAGGAGGCUCUUUACCAGAUCUGUCUACCAAUUUAAUAUUGCAAAUGUCUUAUGAACUAACACCAUUACCUAGCGAAAACAAGAGUAUACUGUUAAAUGGGUUUAUUCCUUCUGAAGCCAUGCUUACUGCUUAUGACUUUGAUGCAAUUAGAUAUAAAGAUAAUAAAAGUAGUUUUAACCAUAGAUCAAACAAUUAUAAUUGGAAAUUUAAUGAAGAAAUGAAAGGAAAUGUUGUACCAGUUGGACCAAAGGGAUCUACUCAGUAUAAGCCAAGAGCUGGUGGUUUCCGUUCAUUUUUCUAUUUUAAUCAAAAAAAUGAGGUCAUGCAAAACACUAAUAAUAAUCAAUACUCAGGAUCCUAUAAUAGAAAUGGAAAUAACCCAAAGAACGAUAGAUAUAACAAUAACUCUAGUCGUCAACACGAUAAUAAUAGAUCUAGAUAUAACGAUAGCAGAAAUAAUUAUAAUAAUAAUUAUAGGGGAGAAUACAGUAGUCAUUAUAAUAAUAAGUAUGGUAAUACAAACAGUUAUCGUGGACGUGGAGGAUACAACUCUGGCGGUAAUAGGCGUGGUAAUUAUUCAAGAGGUGGAUACUCAAGUUACAACGACAGGGGGCGUGGAUCCUCUCGUUAUCAUUAA